AUGGGCUUCCCUGGACUGUCCUCUUGUGCUUGUCUGCAGGACCAUGACCUUCGUGAUGAAAACUUAUUGUGUUUCCUAGGAUUUUCCCAGUACCCCAAAGUUGAGAUCAGCAAUUUAUGCUGUGUUUGCUGAUGUGCCUAAAUCUUGCUGGGUGAUAUUGUUCUGAUCUGCAUCGCUGUCCCAGAUUUCCAUUUACACAGCUUCAGUAACCUCUCAUUUCUGGACAGCUGGUACCCCUCUUCUGCUCUCACUUCAAUGCUGGAGAAAUUUGUUUCAGGGAAAAACACCAUCUCAUUCUCAGGAUGUGCCUCUCAGAUGUACUUGUCUCUUGCCAUGGACUCCACUGAAUGUGUACUCCUCUCCACAAUAGCAUAUGAUUGGUAUGUGAUCAUCUGCAACCCCUUGAAAUAGCCCAUCGUCAUGAACAAGAGGGUUUGUGUACAGACUCCAGGAUUCUGGGAGACAUGACACCUCACUGUCCUGGCAGAAACAGCAUCUGUGUUGCAGUUGUCUCUCUGAGGAAACAGCAUUAUCAAUCACUUUGAUUGUGAGAUUCUGGCUGUCUUGAAACUGGCUUGUGUAGAUACCUCUGUGGUGCAGUUAAUUAUGCUCAUGACCAGUGUACUUACUCCUCCCCUGCCAAUGCUGCUCCUCUGUAUCUCUAUUGCAUGUAUCCUUAUAACACCCGGAGCAUCAGUGGAUGGGCAAAGCAAAGCCGUUUCAACAUGUGCAGCCCAUUUGAUUGUGGUGGCUCUGUUCUGUGGGACAGCUCUCUCUCCUUGUACCUGAAAGCCCUCAGCCAUAUAUUCACAGGAAACUGAUAAAUGCAUGACUCUGGUUAAUGAAGAAUUGAUGCCCAUGUUGAAUCUGAUCUUCAAUAGCUUAUGUAAGAGAAAAACAGCUGUGAAAAAAUUACUGAUUAGAAAUCCUUUUAGUACUGACUUUAUUUCCAUCCUGAAUUUGAUAUUGGAAUAG